GUUUGAAUUUGUUCGUGGUUGGUCGGCGUUAUAAUCGAUGCUCUGCGGUUUGACUUGGUUAGUGUUUUUUUGUUAACUUAUUAACAAAAUUGAAACGAAUAUUUUUUUUGGAAAAAUAUUAUUUAAAAUUACAUCAGGAAUCUCUAAUUAACAGAUAUUCCUAUAUUUUGAAGACUCUAUAUAUAAUUUACAAAUUGAACUUUCGAAAAAAAAAUCUUCAAAGUUCUAUGUCCCUAGAAAUAAAGUUUAAAAAAAAUAGAUGUAUGUUUUAUUUUCGACAAGAGACAAUCAGAAUUAUCAAAAAUAAAAAAAUUUGAAACAUGACAUUGUCAAGAUAUUUUCUUUAAUAAAUAUAAGGAAUUUUUCUUGCAACUCUAAUUUCAAGCUGUGAAUUGAAAAUCACAUUAUAAAGCUAAAUAUUGUAGUGAAUGAUAAGUUUUAUUGAUCACGAUAAAAUGCCGACAAUUAAAACGAAGAAACGUAAAGUUUCUAAAAAAACAAAAAAAGCGUGGCGUAAAUAUACAGAUACAAAAGACGUUGAAAAAUUUUUGGAAAAUUCACAAUUAGAAGAAAGGUUAGGUUCUUUCGCGAUUCACAAGGAUUCAGAAUUGUUCAGUAUUUCUACAGCACCUGAAAUACUUUCAAAGCAAAAACGUCGAGAAUUAUUAAAAUUGAAAGAACCACGAUGUUUUAAUAUUUUAAAACCUCAUACAGCCGUUCCAGAUCCAAUAACAAAAAGAAAUCGUGUAAGAACUAAAGAAGAAAGAAAAAAUGCAUUAGUUUUAAAAAAAGAAGCUAUCAGAAAGUCUCAAAAUAUUUUGACAUUAAAAGAAAAGUUAAGAUUGAAAAACAAAAUGAUUGCAGCAAAAAAAAAAUUAAAUAAACCAAAAAGAGAUGAAUUUAAUACAAAUAUAUGGAAAGAAAAAAUUACAAAAGACAUUAAUAUUGAUUGGAUGUCUUCAGACACAAUCAGACAUACAUUAACACAUUUUGGAAUAAAAAAAAAGAGAGUACCUUCUUCUUUGCACAAAAAACCUUCUAAUAUUCCAGCAGUUGAAGCUCCUCAUCCAGGUACAUCCUAUAAUCCUUCAUUUGAAGAUCAUCAAAAGUUAUUACAUGAAGUGGCUCAAAAAGAAAUGGAACUUAUAAAAGAAGAAGAACAUCUAAACAGAGUUACCACAAAAAUGUUCAAAAAGGUUUCACCUAAAGAAAAAGAAAAUAACUUGAUAAAAGAAAUGUCAGAAGGUCUCAAAUUAGAAGAUAAUCAAGAUUUUAAUGAAGAUGAAGAUAAUAAUCCAAUAGUAAAAUCUAUAAAUCCACCUGUUAAAAAUCAAAAAAAAACUCGUGUGCAAAGACGUAAACAAAAAGAACAGAAAAAUUUAGUACAUAAAAAGCAACAAGAAAAAGUAGAGAAAAAAAAGAUUUCAGAUAUAUAUAAAUUAAGACUAUUAGAUAAACAGUUAGCUGCUAAAGAAAACAAAGAAAAAGUAUUACAAAAAAAGAGAUUAAAGAAGAAAAUACUUAAAACAAUGGGCACUAAAACUCUUAGUAAAGUUAAAUUUGAACCUUUAGAACUUGAUUUUAAAUUAGGUUCAGAAUUAACUGGAAAUUUGCGGAAUUCUGAACCAAUAGGUAAUCUAUUGAAAGAUAGAUUUAAAUCUCUUCAACAGAGAAAUAUCAUUGCUCCUGCUAAUAUCAGAUUAAAACGAGACAAAGCUAAAGUGAAACGUUUUAUAAAAUCAGACCAUAAAAUUGAUGUGACGAAAGUAAAAAAUUAAAAUAAUUUAUAAAUAUAAAUUUUUAAUAAAUAUAAGUUAAAUAAUAAAGAUAAUAAACUUAUUCAAUCAGAUAUCAAAGAUCUUUUGUUGAGACCAUAAAUUUUGUAAUUCAAGUAGAUAAAAUGUAUAAAUAGAGGGAAAAACAUAGAUAUAAAUCAAAAAUUGAACAAUCAGCAAAAUGUCUCGAAUUUAUUAAACGUUCUGGAUUAUUUUAAGUCUAUGAACGAAUAUAUAUAAUAUAUAGUAUAUAAUAUAGAAUACAAAUGUAUAGUAAUAUUUACUUUAGCAUUCGCAAUUAGGAUCGAAAAUAAAAUUCUAAAAAAGAAUAAAAUGUAAGAUAUUAAUGUGAAGUAUUAAUAAUCGACACAUGUAAAAUGGAAAACGUCGAAUUUUAUUUUUCGGCAUUAAUAGUUUAUAAUUGAGCAAAAAAAAAAAAAAAGAAAUAACUGUAAGUAACAUAUCAUAUAUUCAACAAAAUAUAUAAAUUCAAGCAUUAAAUGUUUAAUUUGAAAACGUCAAAAAAUUAUAAAGUUUUCAAAAAUUGAUAAGUAUAGCGACGAAUAUUUAAGUACUUAAAAUUUAAGUAGGCAAAAAGCCGGAUACAAAAAUAAGCAUCACUAUAAUAUUAAAUAAUAUCACUUAUGUUAGAAAAUAAAAUAUAUUAAAAUAUAUAAAAUCUGUAAUAUAAUAUAUUAGAGUAUUCCAUAAGUUUCUUUCGCAUAACGCUAGGCAUGGCUUUAAAUGACUAUAUUUAUAUAAACAUGCAGUCUUAUUUAUUAAAGAUUAAAGAUUAAAGAUGCCGUCUAUGGGAUCUUUUUCAGUCGUCUCAGAGCUCUUUUAAAUUACGUUAAUGAUAUAAUCUCUUUUAAAGUUUUUUCUAUAUUGUUCAAUAUGGAUAACUAAAGAUAGCAUUUACGCCAUGUUAUGCUUCAUUGCUUUAAAAAAGGUAAUAGUAAGAUAAAAGGUAAAAAACAAAUGAUAUUGCAAACGAGAUUUGUAUCGUUUACGGAAAUGAUGCUACGAUUAUUACGACCAUCCGCAAUUGAUUUAAGAGAUUUAGAGCUGAUAAUUUUGACUUAAAAGAUGACUUAAAAGAAGACCGCAGCCGUAGCAAUGACGGAUACAGAUCUUAUCAAGAUCAUGCUUGUUGAAAAUUCGCGAGAGAUAAUGGAUGUCACUAAUAUUUUCAGAAUAACGGUACAUAAUCACCUAAUGAUUUUAUAUCAAUCGAUGUGAAGUUUGGAUUUCACAGCUAUUAAUGGAGACCAGCCUUAUAAAUCGCGUCUUUAUGUGUGAUUUACUUCUUCAGUGAUAUGAAAGAGAUCCUUUCUUGAAGAAACUGGAUACGAGAUUUGGAUUUUGUAUCAAAAUGUGCAUCGAAAACGUAUUUUGUCCAAGGAUAAUAGACCUUUAACUGUCGCGAAACCUGGAUUUCACCCGAAAAAAGUUCUUUUGUCCAUUUGGUGGAAUUGGAAAUGUCUACUAUCCUUCUUCCACAAGAUGAAACCAUUAAUUCUAUUAAAUAUUAUAAUCAACUUGAUAAAUUGAAAAC